GAAAAAAGUCAGUGGCUUAUUCCAGGCAUUUUUCACAUUUUCAACGUUAUAAGCGUGUUCAUUCUAACGUGUCUUUACAUCCUUAAAGAGAUGGAAUCGCCUUUUUGGGAAAUUGUCUUCACCAAUGACUUGAACCGCAUCAAGAACUUCUUAAGAACCAAAGUAAAGUCAAUAUAUGAAGAAAUACGCCGACCAGAUAGAUCUUCUCAUGGAAGGGAACCACCUCGGUUAAGGCUGCCCGGCCCACCGCUCCGAGCAGCAGCAGCAAAAAAAUCUGCCAGAAAGUUGAUGAUGACCUGGACGGAAAGAACAGAAGCUUUGUUUGAAGCAGCGAAAUGGGGCAUGUACACUGACGAAGGCGGAGUCGACGAGAUCCUGGCCACCUUCGGCCUCCCAGCCACCGUGAAGGACUUCCACGGCUGGUCCGUCCUGCAUUACGCCACCAGCAUGAGGUUCGCUGACGACAGCCCCGUGUGGGAGCUGAGAGACAUAUGGAAAUAUGUGGAGCAGCACAAGCCCUUCCCGAACGCAGUCGAACACUGGGGCCAAACCGUCCUUCACGUCCUCGCCCAACAUCCCCGAGGAAGUUUAGAGGCGGUUCUAGGCAGGGAGAGGCGAAUGCACAGCGUUGCAGGGGCAUGGUUAGCCAUGGGUCGCCUCCUGAUCAAGUACGGCUGUGACCCCAGGAUUCGGGACGGGCGAGGGAGGCGCGCCGGGGACAGAGCUUGGGAAUUUAACAACGUCGAGCUUGCGCAGUUGCUGGAGCAGGUGAUAUGCAAAUAAACGAGAAUGAGCA